AUGGACGUUGCUGUCGACACGGACGCGGCGUCCACGUCCACCGCCGCGCCGGAGGUCGUGACGGGGUCCCGUACGCUCGCGAUCAGCCGCUUCUCGGAGAAGAAGGCGUCGCUUGCGCGCGGCGAGUGCGUGCGCUCCGUCCAGUUCCGCGUCGGAGGGAGCAACUGGUACAUCAAGGUGUACCCCAACGGGCACGACAGCGGCAGCGAAGGCAGCGUAUCCUUCUUCCUCGCCCGCGGGAGGUCCGGCGAGCGGGAGACGACGGCGGAGUUCGCGUUCGAGCUGGUGAACUUUGCGGAGGCCGGCAACCACAAGUCCGCCAAGGUGAGGGGGACGUUCGACGACAACGCGAGCAACUCGGAGCACCUCGGCUUCCAGCGCGCGGCGGCGGAGCUCCAGUCCGCCCGGCAGAUGAGGAACGACCGCCUGAUCGUCCGGUGCAGGCUCGGCGUGUUCAAGGGGAAGCCGCCGUCCCCGCUCCUCGCCGAGGCGCCGGCGAUCGCCGUCCCGCCGGACACCCGGUCCUCGGACUUCCUGGGGCUCCUCAACAGCCAGGAGGGCUCGGACAUCACGUACGCCGCCGGCGGAGGAGGAGAUGACGGCGCAGGCGUUCGAGGCGCUGCUGCACGUGGUGUACACGGACCAGCUGCCGGACAUGAGCUACGUGGAGCCGACGGACGAGGCGGUGGAGGCCAUGCUCUUCGCCGCGGAGAGGUACGAGGUGGGGAGGCUGAAGCACCGGUGCGAGCAGUGGCUGUGCUCGUUCGUGACCCGUUCACGGUGGCAGACAUCCUGUCGACGGCGGUCAGGUACGACCUCCGGCUGCUCGAGGUCGCCUGCGUCCAGUACGCCACGCCGGACCACGUGUGGGAGCACGUGAAGGGAACCGAGGGGUUCGACCGGCUCAGGGCGACCUGCCCCCACAUCGUCAGGGAAAUCGAGAGCAAGCAGAGGAAUUACUAG